CAUUUCUUUUUUCCCAAGGAAAGCAAUGGUCCAACAGACUGCUAUGCUGCCAUAUCACAAGUAGAUCGACUGCAGUCAGAACCAGAGAGCAUUCGUAAGUGGAGAGAGGAGCAAAAGGAGCGCCUUGAGCAGCUUGAUGCUAACUCAAGAAAACAGGAAGCAGAAUGGAAGGAGAAAGCAAUAAAGGAGUUGGAGGAGUGGUAUGCCAGACAAGAUGAAAAGCUCCAGAAAACAAAAGCUAGCAACAGGGCAGCUGAAGAAGCCUUUGUGAGUGAUGCAGAAGAUGUUUUUCCAGGCACUGAGUGGGAACGCGUGGCUCAGCUCUGUGACUUUAAUCCCAAGUCUAGUAAGCAGGCUAAAGAUGUGUCCCGCAUGCGUUCAGUCCUCAUCUCACUCAAGCAGGCUCCGCUGGUUCGCUGAAGAAAGGCACAAUGGAAACACUACAAAUGCAAUAUCUUAACCUUACUCAGAGAAGCUAUGUUUGCUGUAAUUGGAUUAAUUGCUUCUAUGUUUUUGUUGGACCAAACAUGAUGUAUCUAGAGCUGAUCACUGUUUCAUUGCAUGUUCUUCCUCAUGUCUUUGUUUUAAAUGAGAGAACCUCCUGAACUGUAGUCUGUGCUAUUUGCACUGAGAAGUCACUUCCAGCGUUACUGAUAUUAAAGAUGUGUUAAACUGCAAAA